GGGACUGGGAGAUAGAGAAGAUGAGCUUCAUAGGGAAUAAGCAGCAGUUAUUGAUGGAGGUGAGAGAGAAGAUUCACACUUUAGAGGAGGCUAUUACCCAGGUGACCAACGUAAAGAAACAUCUACAUGAUAAUGUCAAAGAGGUGAAGUCACAGAUCCAUAGCACGAUCAGUCGUCAAUUGGAGUCGCUACGUAAUCGAGAGGUCUGGUUACUCAGUCAGGUAGAGCUCAUACAACAACUUAAAGAAGAUGUUCUCAGGAAGCAACAUGCGGAACUUAACCAGGAACUAGGGGGCCUAAAGAAUAGUCUAGACUAUACAGAUAACAACACGGCAACUGAUAUAGACUACAAACUCUCUGAGUGCCUGGAUAAAAUCAACAAGCUGGAUCUGUUCCCUGCCGAAACUUCCUGCAUCAGUUUCCAUGCCAACCAAGCUGAACUCCGUGACAACAUUCAUAGUUUCGGGAAAGUAGAUAACCGGAGCCUCCCUCUGGAGAAUGCAUUUGUUGGUGAGGGUACUGCUUCCACGACUCUGCCACGUCACUUUGAGGAUUACGAGACUGCCGAUUUACAACACAAUGUCUUGUAUAAAACAGUAGAACAGCUUCAGUUUACGCAAGAUCCGUGUAUUUAUGUCAACAUCCCAAAGUUGUCUCUGAAAAAGGAGGACUGGCUGUCAAAAUCUCCAUCAAAUGUCAAGGUCGCAGAAUCCGUCUGCUCUUUCCCUCCAUUUCAAGGUCAGAACUACAACUGGCUGUUUCAAACUAACACUGAGGCAGAUAACAAGGUUGCCCCUAGUGACAGCAUCCGGCACUGGUUACAGCAGAUACAGCAUGGAGGAGAGGAAGAAGAUGACUUUGAACUUUUAGAGAGUAGCAGUAAUGGACCAUCAAGAUCGGGGACGUUUGAUUCCUUUGAGGCAUUGUCCAGUCAGUUGGCCAAAUCUGAUUCGAAUAUGACUAGUCCCCCUAGUGAGGCUUCCGAGGGUGCCAAUGGAGGUCCAUGCAACUCUGUAGGUUCAGGAGGGUGCUACUUUAAGCAGAUUCUCAAUACACCUACAUCCCAGUGGCUCCUGAGAAAUGGUUUGAAUGAUGGGAAAUCGAAUCCAUUUGAGGUUUGGAAGUACUUUCAGGACAUGUCAGCCAGCACGAAGCAGUGGCUUGUAACUUCUAAAGAGGGCAAGUCUUGCAGUGGGCCAUGCUCUACUAGGUCCAAACCUGUGGUGGACCUUGAAGAUAUGGGUCUUGUUGCCCCUUGUGUGCAAGACGCAGUCUCUAAAUAUUUCAACGAUAUGAAGAGAGAUUCGAGGAAAUGGCUCCGUGAGAGAAAUGUUAGCGACAAGGAUGUUGAUGAAUCAGAAUAUGUGAUACCAGAGUUGGAGGAUGUGUGCCGUGCUAACGAAGUGUGUCAGUCUUUUAUGGAAUGUCGCUGCGAUGAAAACUGUGGCCAGGUUGCCAUGGACGUCAUGACAACAGUGUCACCUUUGUCAAAAUCAGCAUCUUUGAAGUCGAAGCCUGUAUCAUACACACCAACGGAGCCUCAGCGCUGGCUGUCACAAGAAAACAUAGCCUUGGAAGAGCCGAAACGUGAAUAUUUGGGGGCAUUUGAAGCUGCAGUAUAUAACAAUAAAUCUGAUUGGCUCUUGGAAACAUGUGACGAGCCAAUCAGUGAGGUGUCCACAUCAUUGUUUCCCUGUUUUCAAAGUAGCUCUAAAAACUCCUCUGAUUGGCUGCUGGCCAACCAAUCAGAUGUGAGCAAAAUGGAGACCACUUCCUCUGAGCCCGAGCUUGAUAUAUUAAAGCCAGAAGAGGGGUCUUCAACUAGUAGAUGGCUACAGUCCACCCCUGAGCAUAAAAGUACCCCCCUUGAUCAAAACACGAUAUCUUUGGCUAUGAUCAAGCAAUUUCAAUCCGCCCCUAGGCUUGCCUGGGUAAAUAAUACCGCAUCAAGCGAUAACAUCAAUUCUGAAAAAGCAGAUAGUGUGAAGAAUGAUCCAUUUGAAUUACACAAAGAUCAGCUAGAUCAAAACAAAUGGAUCAUAGGCUCAAAGGAGAUGAUAGUAGAACAAGAGCCUGAUGUUGUUGAUAUGUUUCCAUAUUUCAAAGAUCAGGGUAGAAAAUUGGGGGAAUGGCUUGUAGACCAAAAUAUGGUACAUUAA